GUCCUCCACCCCGCUUACAAGGCUCAAUACUUCCGCGACCACAGGUGGCUCAAAGAGUGGAUCACGGUCGCCAUCGACAUCACGAAGGAGGAGUGGAACAACCACUACAAGCCCAAGAAGGCCGCUCCUGCUAACUCCGCGGCGAUGUUUGCGAGCAUCAACAGAAAGGACACGACUACCGAUGCACUCGACAAGUACCUGGAAGCCGCCCCCGACAGCACCGUCGACGACCCUCUCAAGUACUGGAACACAAGACUGGAGAGCACCCGAGACAAAUCGUCGCCUGAGGCUGCGCUCGCGCGCAUGGCGCUGGAUUUCUUGUCAGCCCCCGCAACGUCCACAGAUGCGGAGCGAUCCUUCUCAUGUGGACAUCUGACUGUCUCCCGCCUACGCCAUUCCCUCGCAGAUGAAUCCGUGCGCACGAGCACCAUUUUGGGCUCCUGGGCCUUGCUUCCAGAUGUCCUCGCAGAGGAUGAGCUCGUCGAAGUCAUAAAGGCGCAUUCG